GGGGCCUGGGCAGCCUGUGGGGGUUUCUCAGGGAGUCGGGCUAAACGGGAUGCUAUGAACGGGCGGUUCUUUCGUCGAUGAAAGAUGCCCCGGGCUAGUGACACUCUCUGGGAUAUAGCUGUGGCUCAAGUUUCAAAGAAAAAUGAGGAGAAGGAAAAUGAAGGAGAUCUAGAAGUCAAGGAGAGAUCUGUAUUCUUUUUGGGAAAUAAAACUGGGGGAAAAACUACAAUUAUACUCCGAUUUCUUGACAGGGAUGAAAUCCCGAAGCCUACGUUAGCUUUGGAAUAUACUUUUGGAAGAAGAGCAAAAGGACAUAAUACUCCAAAGGAUAUUGCUCACUUUUGGGAACUAGGUGGUGGAACAUCAUUAUCUGAUCUUGCUCAGAUUCCAAUCACCAUCGACAGCAUAAGGACCAUUUCUAUUGUUUUGGUUUUGGACCUUUCCAAGCCCAAUGACCUAUGGCUAAGCAUGGAGAAAUUGCUGAAUGUGACAAAGAACCAUAUCAACACAACCAUAAAUGAACUGGGCAAGAAGGAUUCCAUAAAUGUAAAUGAUUUCAAGCAAAAGACCUGGAAAACAUUGCAGAGGAAUCACCCGGAUUGGGAACUAAUUGAUCCAUUUCCCAUUCCUCUUGUUAUAAUUGGGAGCAAAUAUGAUAUUUUUCAGGAUUUUGAAUCUGAAAAGAGGAAAGUAAUCUGCAAAACACUCCGCUUUGUGGCUCAUUAUUAUGGAGCUUCAUUGUUGUUUUUCAGCAAUAAAAUGGAAAGCACAAUAUCUAAAAUGCGGACUAUCCUGAAUCAUUUGGCAUUCGGUACUGACAGAAGCAAAGCAGUAUCUGUUGAGUACAAUAAGCCACUGUUUGUUCCGGCUGGUCUGGAUUCACUGAGUCUGAUUGGGUCUCCACCAGCUACUGAAAUUGACUUAGGGAAGAUAAAUGCACGGAAUCCUGUUGAUCUGUGGAAGAAAGUAUAUGAAAAGCUGUUUCCAUCUGAGAAUACCAGCGAAUUGAAAUAUGUGGAAGAUCCUGCUAAAAACCCACAAUAUGCUGAACCUGAAGUGGAUGCAAUGAGGGCACAGAAGGAUCAGCCUCCCAACUUUUGGCCUGUCUCCAGGCCACUGUCCAAGAUCUACAGUAGGGACCAUUGAUUGACCAGCUGCCACCUGCCUGAUCACAUCCUGAGAAACUAUGCAGGCUGCUGCCAACACCCAGGAUCUGCCCAAAAAUGACCUGUCUGCCCCAACUGAACUUGGCAGCCACAUUCUCCUCUUCCUGGUCUAUGGGGUGGCACAAUGACUCAGUGAAUAGUACUAUUACCUCACAGCCAGGGACCCAGGUUCGCUUCCACCUUGCACAACCGUCUGUGUGGAGUUUUCAAGUUCUCCUGUGUCUGCGUGGGUUUGCUUUGAUUUCCUUUCACAAUCUGAAGAUGUACAUUUGAGGUGGAUUGGCCAUGGUAAAUUGCCCAUAGUGUCCAGGCAUGUGCAGUGGUGUUGGAGGCAAUUCCGAGGACGGUCACUAGAUUGAUCCUGGAGAUGUUUGUCAUUUGAAGAGAAAUUGAACAAUUUAGGCUUGUACUCUUUGGAAUUUAGAAGACUGAGGGGAGAUCAAAUUGAGGUAUUUAAGAUGAUAAAAGGUAUGGAUAAAAUAGACAUGGAGUGGAUGCUUCCUCUUGUGGGGCACUCUAAGACAAGACGUGAUAGUCUUAGGAUAAGGGGUAGCAAAUUUAAAAGAGUAGAGGAAAAACUACUCCCAUAGGGUUGCGAAUCUGUGGAAUUUGAUAUCUUGAGUGUGGUGAAUGCUGGGACAGUGAGUAAAUUUAAGGAGGAGUUAGACAGAUUUUCAAUUGGUAAUGGUUUGAAGGUUUAUGGGAGGAAGGCAGGAAAAUUUGAGGUGAGAACCAUAUCAGUCAUGAUUGAAUGAUAGACCAGACUCUACGUGUUAAAUGGCCUAACUCUGUUCCUAAAUCUUAUGAACUACUAUCCACUAUUGCUCUGU